AUGCUGAUCUACAAGGAUGUCUUCACCGGUGACGAGCUCGCCUCGGACUCCUUCCCAAUGAAGCUGGUCGACGACCUGAUCUUCGAGUUCAAGGGACGCCACGUCGUGCGAAAGGAGGGAGAGAUCAUCCUUGCCGGCUCCAAUCCCUCGGCUGAAGGAGAAGACGGUGAUGAUGGCGUCGACGAUUCUGCCGUCCAACGUGGCCUCGACCCGUGCUCAACCACAACCUCGUCGAAA